AGCCUUAUACAGGUUCUCGGCAACAGCUGAUCCUACUAUGGGGACAUGAGGUUCCUCUCAGUCAGUGCCUGGCGCUCAGGGCUCCAUCAUGGCGGCGCCUGUGUAGUUCGUCGCAAUAACAGCCUAGCAUAGGUCCGGGAUAGAGCAACGGGAGCUGGUGACCGACAGGAGCUCGGAGCGCUGACGGGAGGACACUGAGACAAUGGGGGAGAGAAAAGGAACCAAUAAGUAUUAUCCACCAGACUUUGACCCUGCCAAGCAUGGUUCUCUCAACCGCUACAGGAACAGCCACCCGCUGCGGGAACGGGCACGGAAGCUGUCCCAGGGCAUCCUCAUCAUCAGGUUUGAGAUGCCGUAUAACAUCUGGUGCGAUGGCUGCAAGAAUCACAUUGGGAUGGGUGUGCGUUAUAAUGCAGAGAAAAAGAAAGUGGGCAAUUACUAUACGACUCCUAUAUACAGGUUCCGGAUGAAGUGUCACCUGUGCGUGAAUUACAUUGAGAUGCAGACGGACCCGGCGUCGUGUGAUUACGUGAUUGUAAGUGGCGCACAGAGGAAGGAAGAGCGCUGGGACAUGGAGGAAAAUGAGCAAAUACUUACAACGGAGCACGAGGAGAAGCAGAAACUGGAGACGGAUUCCAUGUUUCGGCUGGAGCACGGAGUCAAAGAUAAGGAGAAGCUCCAGAGGGCGGCGCCAUCGCUGUCCGAGCUUCAGGAAACGCAGAGCGCCUGGAGGGACGACUUCGCCAUCAACAGCCUCCUACGCAACAAGUUUAGGGAGGAGAAAAAGCAGAUUCGGGAAGAGGAGGAGCGGGAUCAAGCUCUGCUCAAGAAAACGUCUUUGGACAUAAAACUUCUUCCGGAGACUGAAGAAGACAAGAGACUGGCAGCUCUGCUCAAAUAUCGCAGCCUGGGGUCCUAUGACCAAAAGCAGCAGAAGAAACGUUCGGAGAUUACCAGCCGCUCCUGGUUUUCCCCAGGAGGUGACAGCAAGCUACAAAUAACUGGAAACUCCUUAAAGAAACUCAUGAUUCGGCCAAAGCCUCAAACAAGCCCCGGAACGUCUGCUCUUGCUCUUGGUGUUGUGCGGAGAGCAUCAAAGGAGGAAAAAGACGAAGAGCGGACGGGAAUCCAGCCUGACGGUGGAAUACGGAGCGCAGAGGAGCCUGGAGGGGAGACCUGUCCAAGCAGAGAUGGGCAGACACGGUCGGAGGGGAUUGUUGAUCUAAAGACUAUUGGUAGCACAAACGCACCAACCUGUGAAGAUGUCGCCCCCACAAACCUGGCCUCUACAUCCUGCCUUGUGCCUGACUACUCCGACUCUAGUUCUGACGCAGACCUGUAGCACUGAGGGCCCUUUUACUCUGCCAACUAUAUACAUGAACUUAUGGGCGUUUAUAUUUUAAAUAAAUGUGACCCAGUGGAGAGCUGCCUAUCUCCAUAUGUAUAUCAAA